AAACAAUCCCAUUUGAACACCAGCUAAGAAUCUGGUCACAUUUGACUCACAGACAACAUGAAUAAAUAAGGUUUAAGAUCCCUUGUGCUGCUACUUCACUCGAGCUCACUCAUCAAGCUUAGUUUCAUCAAGCUGCCAUUUGAAAGCUAUUGAAAAGCCAUUAACUGACAGGACUGUGAGAGCCGCAGUGCAGCAGCACACCUCAGUGCUGGAAGAAUGUGGCUGCAAGUGCACGCCAAUUAAAUCUUACUAUUCCUGGGGAUGUGGGAUUAGGAGCAGUGUCAAUCAAGUGUGUUACAAUAGCACGUGCAAUAGUCAUGGUUCAAGACACACAGAGGUUUAUCUUAACUCCAGCAGCUGGGUGAGAAUGACUUAGAAGCCUCCGCAAGAUCUUGGAACAGAAGCUACAUUAAAUAACGUAUUCUGAGGUAAACUGGAUACCUGAGGAAAGGCUCUAAAUAAUGAAUUCCUUAGGCAUGACAGUUGUAGCAGAAGAGAAUGCUGAAACCUGUAGGAAGACUACAGUCUGAGAUGAAAGAAUGUCUCAUUACCAUUUUAUCAAGUGCUGCUGUUUCCAGCUAUGUAAUGUUUUUCGAACACAUGACAUGGAAAUUGACCAGUGCUUGCUGGAGUCCCUCCCUUUAGGCCAGCGUCAGCGGUUGGUGAAGCGUAUGCGCUGUGAUCAAAUAAAGGCGUAUUAUGAAAGAGAAAAAGCUUUUCAGAAACAGGAAGGACAUGUGAAAAAAUUGAAACAUGGAAAGAAUCACCGAGUUCAUUUCAACCUCGCUGUUAUGAUACAGGAUGCAAUCAUACAUCAUGAUGACAAAGAAGUGCUACGGCUACUAAAGGAUGGUGCAGACCCUCACACUCUUAUUUCCUCAGGAGGCUCCUUGCUCCAUCUGUGUGCUCGUUAUGAUAAUACCUUUGCUGCAGAAAUUCUAAUUGACAGAGGAGUAAAUGUAAAUCAUCAGGAUGAGGAUUUUUGGACAUCAGUGCAUGUAGCCUGUGCAUGUGAUAAUCCUGAUAUUGUCCUGCUACUGUUAGUAGCUGGUGCCAAUGUGCUGCUGCAGGAUGUUAAUGGAAACAUUGCUCUUGAUUAUGCCAUUGAAGGGACAGAAUCCAGCUGCAUCCUUCUGACAUACCUGGAAGAAAAUGGUGUGGAUCUGAACUCACUGCGCCAGAUGAAGAUUCAGAGACCUAUGACAAUGUUCGCAGAUGUCAAACAACUUAUAUCGGCUGGAGGGAGUGUGAAUCAGAAGAAUGAUAAAGGAAUUACACUGCUGCACAUAGCCUGUGCAAAUGGGUACAAGGAUGUGGCAUCUCUGAUACUGGAUCAUGGUGCUGAUGUCAAUGUUGUGGAUAAUCAGUACUGGACCCCUCUGCAUUUAGCUGCAAAAUAUGGACAGACAAACCUUGUGAAACUGCUGUUGAUGCAUCAGGCAAACCCCAGUGUUCUCAACUGCAACGAUGAAAAACCCUCAGAUAUUGCAGCUUCUGAAUUCAUUGAGGAAAUGCUGCUGAAGGCUGAAACUGUCUGGGAGGAAAAAAUGAAAGACCCUUUAUCUGUUUCUACUUUAUCACAAGAGGAGCCAUAUGAAGAGAUCAUCCAUGAUCUGCCUGCACUUUCCAAUAAACUCAAUCCCCUGGCUUUGCCGAUUGCCAAACAAGACAGUUUGCUGGAAAAAGACACCAUGUUCAAAGAUGCAACAAAAGGCUUAUGUAAGCAGCAGUCUCAAGACACGGCAUCUGACAAUGUCACAGUGACUGACACAACCAAACUUGAACAGGUCAAGUUAAUGCCUCCAGCACCAAAUGAUGACCUGGCUACUCUGAGUGAGCUAACAGACAGCAGCCUGCUCUAUGAGAUUCAGAAACGUUUCAGUAACAAUCAGAUAUAUACCUACGUUGGAGAUAUACUGUUGCUGGUUAAUCCAUUUAAAGAACUUCCAAUUUAUUCCACUAUGGUCACCCAACUUUACCUAAGUGACUCUGGCAAACUGUGUUCCUCACUUCCCCCACAUAUAUUCUCCUGUGCUGAAAGGGCUUACCACAUGCUUUUCCAGGAGCGACGUCCUCAAUGCUUUAUUCUCAGUGGAGAACGUGGUUCUGGGAAAACUGAAGCCUGCAAACAAAUAGUGAAGCACCUGACAUGCAGAUCCAGUUCCAGCAGGUGUACCUUUGAUUCAAAGGUAAAACAUGUAAACUGUAUCUUGGAGGCUUUUGGACAUGCUAAAACAACCCUGAAUGAUUUGUCCAGCUGUUUUAUAAAAUAUUUUGAGCUGCAGUUCUGUGAGAAGAAAAAAGUAUUAACUGGAGCAAGGAUUUAUACGUACAUGCUGGAGAAGUCCCGUGUUGUCAUGCAGCCUCUCAACCAGAGCAAUUUUCUUGUUUUUUACUUGAUGGUGGAUGGGCUGUCGGCUGAAGAAAAGUACAGCCUGUACCUCAGUAACUUGUCUGCACACAGGUAUCUGAACCAGACUGUACUGGAGGAGACAUCAGUAACAGUGAACACUCUCAACAGAGAGAAAUUAGCUGUCCUAAAACAAGCCCUAACUGCUUUUGGAUUCAAUAACCUGGAGGUGGAGAACCUGUUUGUAAUUCUGUCGGCAAUUCUACAUCUUGGAGAUAUUCGGUUUACUGCUCUGACAGACGCUGAGACAGCAUUUGUGUCAGACCUGCAGCUACUAGAACAAGUCGCAGGAAUGUUGCAGGUAUCGCCAGAUGAACUUGCUUCAGCCUUAACAACUGAUGUCCAAUAUUUCAAAGGAGACAUGAUCACGAGGAGACACACUAUAGAGAUUGCAGAAUUUUACCGAGAUCUUUUGGCAAAGUCACUGUAUACUCGUUUAUUUAGUUUUUUAGUGAACACAAUCAACUACUACCUCCAGAAUCAAUAUGAGACCAGCAGUGACCAGGUAUUUGAAAUUGGAAUAUUGGAUAUCUUUGGGUUUGAGGAAUUUCAAAAGAAUACAUAUGAACAGCUGUGUGUCAACAUGAUCAAUGAGAAGAUACACCAGUAUAUCAGUGAAGUGCUUUUUCUACAAGAGGAAGCAGAAUGUGUACAGGAGGGAGUUACUAUGGAAACAACAUAUUCUCCUGGUAACCAUACAGAAGCCUUGGACUUUUUCUUUCAGAAGCCAACAGGUUUUUUGGCAAUGCUGGAUGAAGAAAGCCAAUCCAUUUGGUCAAUAGAACAGAAUCUUUCUAAACGCCUUCAAUCGUACCUGGAAACCUCAGAUACAAAUGCAGUAUAUUCUUCCACAAAAGAUGGAAAUGGCAAUGUAGCACCAAAGGAUCAGAGUCCUACCUUCACUGUUAUGCAUUACGCUGGACGGGUGACUUAUGAAACUGUUGGAGCUAUUGAAAAAAAUAAGGAUUCCCUUUCACAAAGUCUCCUAUUUGUAAUGAAAACUAGUGAAAAUAUAGUCAUCAAUCAGUUGUUCCAGUCUAAACUGACACAGACAGGAUCCCUUGUCCCUCCAUAUCAUUCUCUUAAAAUUAGAGGAUCCAAAGCAGCCUUGCUCAAUAAGAAAACAUCAGUAACCUACACAAGAGGAGAAGCAAAGAAAUAUAUGGAGCUCAGUAAGUUGUUGAAAAAGAAAGGAACUUCCACAUUUCUUCAGAGACUGGAACGAGGCGGCCCACUCACUAUGGCCACACAGCUCAGGAAAUCACUCUCAGAUAUUAUUGGAAAGCUUCAGAACUGCACACCUCAUUCUGUUCAUUGUAUCAAACCCAAUAACUCUAAGCUGCCAGACUCUUUUGAUAAUUUUUACGUGUCUGCCCAGCUGCAGUAUAUUGGUGUCCUAGAGAUGGUGAAAAUCAUACGGCAUGGUUAUCCAGUACGCCUCUCUUUCACUGACUUCUUGUCAAGGUAUAAGAACUUGUCUGAUACAGCACUGGGAGAGAAAAAGAAGUUAUCUGCCAAGGAGAAAUGUCGUCUUGUUCUUCAACAGUGUAAAUUACAAGGGUGGCAGAUAGGAGUCCAAAAAGUAUUUCUAAAGUACUGGCAAGCUGACCAUCUCAAUGAUUUGUGCCUUCAACUGCAGAGGAAAAUUAUAACUUGUCAAAAAGUUGUAAGAGGAUUUCUAGCUCGCCAGCGUUUGCUACAGAAGAUGAGCAUCAAACAGCAAGAGGUCACAUCAAUCAAAGGCUUUCUGCAGAAUGCAGAGGAUAUGGGGCUGAAAGCAUAUGAUGCUUUGGUCAUUCAGAAUGCUUCUGACAUUGCUCGGGAAAAUGACCAGCUCCGCAAUGAAAUGAAUGCUGCUUACUGUAGGGAAAAGUUAGAGGUUAGAAACAGGCAAGAAGAAGCCCCCAAAAGAGCUGAAGACAGGGGUGGGAAAGUCUCUGAGGACAGCUUUGCCGGCUGCCGUAUGCCUAAGCAUUUUCAUUCCAGUUCUGUGCCUGUCCCCAUGGCAGUGGAUGUCUUGGUACAUUCUGUGGCUGGAUCAUCCAUCAGAUCCCCCUCCCUGCACUCUGUGUUCAGCAUGGAUGAUAGUAAUAACCUGCCAUCACCAAGGAAACAGCCUCCUCCCAAACCAAAGAGGGACCCCAACACACGACUGAGCGCUUCAUACGAGGCCGUUAGCGCUUGCCUGUCGGCAGCUUCUAAGGAAACAGCUAAUGAAGUAUUGACCCGACCAAGGCCACACAGUGAUGAUUAUAGCACCAUGAAAAAGAUUCCUCCCAGAAAGCCAAAAAGAAGUCCCAACACAAAGCUCAGUGGCUCUUAUGAAGAGAUAUCUGGCCAAAAGCCUGGGGAUGUGAAACAUUCAAAUGUAUCUAAAACAGGUGGUCAUGACAUUAUGACAAUACAAAGAGCAGCUUCUGCUGAUGGGCCACAUCACAACACAUUGAGUUUGUGUAUGUCACAGGAAGAGGAGGAAACUGAGCCGGUGUAUAUUGAAAUGGUAGGGAAUGCUAUGAUGAAUAGUUCUGCUGAACCAGAAAGCCCAGACCAAGGAGAGUCUGUUUAUGAAGAGAUGAAAUAUUUUUUACCGGAAGAAGGCAGCAAUGGUAAUGGGAUGGUUCCAUUAGUGACCAGAUCUCCUCCGCUGCUGUUUGAGAUCAAAAACUCUGUACCAGUUGAAGAACUUGAUGCAAAUAAUCAAGCAGCCUUGGGCUAUAAAGACUCUUAUGACAUUCCAGCCCCUUUCCCAAACUUGCUUCCCCAUAGACCCCCACUUCUUGUGUUUCCUCCAACCCCUGUAACAUGCUCACCUGCUUCUGAUGAAUCACCCCUAACACCAUUAGAAGUGAAAAAGCUUCCUGUCCUGGAAACAAAUCUAAAAUACCCUGUGCAGUCAGAGGGUUCAAGUCCUCUAUCCCCACAGUAUUCCAAAAACCAGAAAGGGGAGAAUGAAAGGCCUUCAUCCCCAGGUUUGGCUGUAUUUAAUGUUUCAAGCAGAGUAUCUCCUCCUUCAACCCCUCCUCCUCCUCUCCCUCCCCCACCUCCUCCUAUGCCCCCAUCUGUUUCCUAUCGACCUUCUUCACAUUUUACUUUCCCCCUAGAGACUUGUGCUACUCUUCUGGUUAAUACAGGGAAAACAGGAACAAACUCAGAUCCAUCAAAAGUACCUCAGAGACCAAAUCCUGUUCAAGUUGGAGGUUCAUCUUCCCCAUUCUCCAAGCUGCCUUACUCCCCAGUAAAGGUGGCAAGAGCUGAGCACAGGAAAUCAAACUCCAACUCAUCAUCUAUACUUCCAUACAGCCCUACAAACUCAAGACCCUUGACCAGUCCCCUUGAUGAGUUAACUAGCUUGUUCAACUCAGGACGGAGUAUGCUUCGAAAGUCUGCGGCAGGAAGAAAGAUUAGGGAGCCUGAAGGUGUUGAAACUAAUAUGAACUUAACAAGCAGGGAAGAUCCCAACACAUCAGAAAUUGGAUCAGAAACCCAAGAUAAAAAUGCAAACAACCAUGGAACUCAAUCGUCUAAUCCACUGUCCAGUUCCGUAACUGCUGAAAAUGGAAAUUCAGUCUCAAAUGGUUUACUGGAGGAAAAUGAAUAUUCAAGACUGUCAGCCAACACUACAGCGAGCUCAUCAAAUCAAAGGCACAGGGAGAGCCACACUAGUCAGGUUAUCCACCAGCUCAGACUUUCAGAGAACGAGAGCGCUGCGCUGCAGGAACUCCUGGACUGGAGGCGAAAGCUGUGUGAAGAGAGAGGAGACUGGCAGAAAAUCCUGCACAACACCGAGCAAAGAAUCACAGCUCCUCCCCCACCUCCCUGUAAAAAGCCAACUCUGCUGAAGAAGGCAGAAGAUACACCCUGCAACAGAUUGUCUUCAGGGAUCUGGGAUACCACUAUGUGAUUUCAAUUGGUUUGUGUGUGGAGUAUUAGAAGUAAAACCAUCUAAUGAUUUCAAUCUGCAGAGUCAGCAGGUUUCUGCCCCUGCAAUGCAUGCAGGAUUCUCUACAAGCAUCCAUUCAAGAGCACAGGAAGCAGGAGUGACAUAGAUCUGUUGUGUGUGUGCGUGUGUGUGUAUAUAUGUGUGUUUAUUUCCUUUUUUAUAUAUGGGGACAAACUGCACUAUAAGUAUAUCGGUUAAAAAUACAAGAUAGUUACCUACUGCUCUCCCAUGGACAAUGAACAAAUUCUGUGUUAAGUGAGUGAGGAUAGGAAGACGUAAUUGGCAAACAGUUUGGAGAGAUUGGGGAAGUUUGUGUGCACACUGUACAGCUGUUUUAUAUAAUCCAAUAAUAUGAUGUUUCUUGUAUCUCAAUGAAUGGUUUUAUUAUAUUACCUAUACAUACAUAAUAGUUCUUUGUAGAUGUCUGUGUUUUAUUGGAAUUGCAAACAUGAUGAUUAUGUACAUGUUUAUUACUGGUAUUUUACAACUUUAUGCAAUUGGUGCUGUUGUUCUUUCUUCAGAAUACAGGUAAUAAAUACAGUACUGGUAUUAUUUUUUCAUGGUUUAUCCUUAAUAAUGUACUUAAAGUUGCAACACUGUGGUGGUGUUCUAGCACUGGCAAUGUCAACCUUAGAGCCAGAUCUUGAAACCCUUGCAAAACUGUCAUUUGCCAGUGAUGGUUAAUGCUGUUCACAUUCAAGAAUUAGAGAGCUCUGCUUUAUUAUGCCCCUAUGUUUCUGAAUGAGUGGACUCUUUUAAUUUCAUCUUGAAACUUAUUUCAUCCUGGGUUAUGUGAAAAAAUGAUGUACUCAUUUAAACUCUAAGUCUGGUUAUAAUUCAUAGCUGAUUAUGUAUAAGGUCAGGAGUCAGUGGAAAGAUACAUAAUAGUAACUAGGUAUGAAAGUACAACUUUGAUUUACUGAUCUAAGCCACAAGGCUUCAUGGAGAUGGGUGUAUUAAAGGAUUAUGUCCCUAUAGUGGUACAAAGCAUGUUUCAUUUAUACGUUAGAUUUCAUGUAAUAAAAUGGUCUCAUAAAUUGGAGAUUCUGGUUGGAGGACAUGAGUUCUCUGAGCAAUGAUACUAAUAUGAGAAUAACAUGCUGCUGGAAGCUAGUCAGCUAUUGUAUGGCAGUCUCUGAAAUAUUUCUUUGCCAUUAAAACGGCAUAAUUUAUAUAUCAACACACACAUAUAUAAAAAACGGAUUUUGUCAGGGGCUGCUUGCUUUAGGUCCUUGGCCUAUCUAGAGCUAACAUGAGACGCUCUUCCUGCUGGCCUGCCUUUUUCAAUCCUAUGAGGGAGACAGGGGAAAGGGGAUGUAUAUUUUUUUUAAAUAUAUUUUAAACUAACAUUUUAAAAUUUAAGCUAAGUUAAACAUUGGUCUCUGGCUGGAGGUGUUUUGACAAGCAGUUUUUAAUUUGGCUGUGAGGGGAAAUGUUUUUCUCUCCACUUGACAGAAAUUUCAGAUUAGCUGAGAAGCUAAAAUGCAAUCCCAUGUUUGCUUUUGUUUGGUAUGGGCUUUUUAGGGAGGAACUCUUAAAAUUGUAGCCCUAAGCCCCAGCCUGUUGUCCAGCUGCCUAGGCAGAACUAUGUCUUCUGUAUUACUAGAGAUUCAAACAUUCAGAAUAAUCAAGUAAGGGAAGGGACUGCAGUUAUCCCUUAGGCCAGUUGUGUGUGGACUAUACUGUAAUACUUAGCUGGGCCUAUUUACCCCAGCUGAGGAUGUUGCUCAUGAGGGGAUGUGGCAAUGACAUGCAACCACAGAGCAAUUAUGCCAAAGCCAAGAUUAUAAUGCAAAAAUCCAUGGUUUUUGCUUCCAUGCUCAAAUUACUAAGGCUUAUUGCCCCUCUGAUAUGUCCUUCAAAUACCUAUGCCUGAAAUUCUAUCCAUACUAUCAACUUAGACAGGAAAAUACAUUUAUUGAAUGUAAUUCAAAAUGGUGUUAUGUGAACAUAAACUAUGCGACCUCAUCUACAAACCUACCUAAAAGCUGUCUUAGAGCUGUGGUCAAUCUCUGUUAAAAGAGCAGAGAUGGGAUCAAAGCAACACUCUUCACCCUUGAAGAAUUUUAUAACAUGCUAAUACGGCGCCUGGAAAAUGAAAAGAUGCUAGCCUAGCAUUAUGAGCUGUUUCAGUGAUACAGUUACAUUUAACAAAUUGAUACAAAACUGAUGUAAUCAUUCUGCUAUUGUACACAGGGUGAUAGAAGCAUAUUACUGCAUUUCUAUUGGAUGCAGAAGGUUCUUGAUUUCAUUUUCAGGAUCUGAAGUCAGAAAGGUAGCUUCUGGGGUUCCUCUUUAAAGCAUGUAACCACAGUCUAAAACUGCAAAACAAACCACAAAUAAUAUGGAGAUAUUUUGAUUGAUAGUGAGCCCAGUAUCAACAAUGAACAGCUUUUAAUGUUGGAAGGCUAUCAGAUGAUGCAUUUAAAAUGCAAUAAAAACAUGUUUAAAAGAUUUCUCUAAUUGCAUUAAGAUACUCCAGAGUGUGAAUUAUAAGGUAAUAAUUCACACCUACUGUGUCCAGUGGUCCCGUGGCCUUUGGCCUCAUGCCUAACAAUGCAGUUGGUGUGGAAUUAUUAGACCAUAAUUCACAUCCUACCGUGUCUUAUUGCUUAAAUAACCACAUCCCCAGAGGUGUCUUAAAACUAAUAUUAAAGUUUAUAUGAUGGAUCAAAAUAUGUUUACAGGGCUGGAAAAACAUACUAUUGACAUUUUGAAAUGUCGAAAAGUAGUUUUAGCAGAACUGUAUGGUGCUUGUAAACUAAUCCCCCCUGUGGAAUAGGCACCAGCCAAUUAGAAUGGUUUUUGAGCGUAUGUCGUUCUCUCUUGUACUUUACAAAGUAGCUUAGACAAACAAAGCAUUGUGAGUUCAACAUUCUAAAGGGAUAGAUUGAACUCUGUGAACAUUCUUGUGCCAGUUUCCAGUGAACAAUCUGAAAUACACUUUAUACUGCAAUAAAGCAAGUUAUCUCCACAUUGUGCCUGAUUGUUUCACACAUAAAACAAUUACGCAAACUGAACUUCAUGCAAAUUGACAACUGGUACAGUACAUAAUGCUAAGAAUUAGACACAUGCUUUACAGCUUAUGAAAUUCCCAGCAUGGGUCUAAAGUCAACAAGAGUAAAUGAAAACAAAUAAAUAAAUAAAUAAGG